ACGGCGCACUUCCGCUUCCGGCCCCGCCUUUGGCGCGGAGUAAGAGGGUGAUGGCGGCUGGAGGGAGCGAUCCUCGCGCUGGCGAUGUGGAGGAAGACGCCUCGCAGCUUGUCUUUCCCAAAGAGUUUGAAACAGCAGAAACUCUUCUAAAUUCAGAAGUCCACAUGCUUCUAGAGCAUCGAAAGCAACAGAAUGAAAGUGCAGAGGAUGAACAAGAACUUUCAGAGGUUUUUAUGAAAACUUUAAAUUAUACUGCACGUUUUAGUCGGUUUAAAAACAGGGAAACCAUUGCUAGUGUUCGGAGUUUGUUACUCCAGAAGAAGCUCCAUAAGUUUGAGUUGGCUUGUUUAGCAAACCUUUGCCCUGAGACAGCAGAGGAGGCUAAGGCUCUGAUUCCAAGCCUAGAGGGUCGAUUUGAAGAUGAAGAAUUGCAACAGAUCCUUGAUGAUAUUCAGACCAAGAGGAGCUUCCAGUAUUAAUACCAGGAACCCAGCCCUUCAGUGGAAACAGAAGAGGAAAUUUCCCAGAAUUCUUCUGCAACUAAGAAGAACUUGAACUCUCUCCAGAGACUAUUCAGAAAUUUAAAUCACAAAAGUUGGUCUAGCCUCCUAUGGACAAGGCAAUGCAGAGUAAUCUUGCAUCAACAAGUAAUUCAAACUUGUGACCAGUUCUGAUUCUUAUUGACUUUUUGAAUAUUUGAGAUGUGGCAAAGGCCAGGAGUGCCACUUGAAUCUUAAAGGGGCUUUGGGAUGAUUUCCUUUAAUGAAGGGUUUCCAAGGGAGGUAGUGGACCAGAGCCUGGGUGCUUGCAUUAACCUUUCCAUCCCUUCUCUUAAAUGGAAUUGAUUAAGGGGAAAGAUUGAGUGGGAGAAUUUAGCCAGUAAAUACUUGUGGCAUAUUACCUUAUAUCACUGAAUUUGGCACUUUAGUUUAUAUUCACAUUUCUGGUUUGAAUUUCAAGCUAUCUUGAAAUAUUAGCCCAGAUUAGAAUAUGUAAAAAUAGCAUGAAUAAAAAAAGAAAGUUGUAUCUCAUAAAUGAUGGAAGGAAAAAUCAAAGGGAACCUAUAAAUACAGAGGGAAGAAGAUGGAGAAAAUACUAGCAGUCGUAGGGCAUCACUGUAUAAUCAUAAGUUCGAAAGAGCCUUGAUUUAGGAGGCUCAGUUUGGCCCCUGGUAUAUCCUGAAGGCUGCAAGGUUUUGGAGCAGGAGAGAAUUUGUGGGAUUUAUUCUGACAGCUGCCUUGGGAAAGGGUCCUCUCUGAGUUUAAACUAGUCCUGGAUCCUGAUUUUAAAUACAAUUCAGUAUAGGGUUGGUAUAUAUCAUAGGGUGGUAUCUGGGAAGACCAGAGAAUGAGACUUAAUUCUGGUUGAGUCAUCACAAUGAACUAAAUUUGGGGCAGUUUUCUGGCCCCAAAUUUAGCAUUGAUUUCUGAAAGGUCAUGCAAAUAUUUUUUGCAAUUGCUUCUCCCAUGCUACAAAAUCUGUUACUGUAAUUUGAUCUAAUAAUAGAAAGGGGGGAUGGGUAGAUUCUAUAGUGGAUGUCUAGUUAAUUGUGCAAUUCCUAAGAAGUAAACUUACUCUAGGAAAUAAAAUUAUUUUUCAAUAAGA